UUAAUCGAAGAGUAUAAAAUCUUACUUGUCGGAGCAGUAUUCAAAACUAAUCUCUCUCUCGCUCGCUCUCUCUCGCCCUCCCCCUCUCGUUUAUUCACCGUGUUGUUAACCGCCGGUGGCCGAUGGCCACAUCUCGAACUCGCUCCGGCCGAUCCGCUUCGUUCCGUGACUCGGAUACUCGACUCACUGAGUCCGAACGUAUCGACGGUGCAGGAAGCUGGGACGCCCUCGAAUGGACGAAAGUUGAACCCGUUUCGAGGUCGGUUCCGCACGCAGUUUUGGAAUAUUUGCUGGAAGAUGAACAAGUAAUUGUCGAGGGGUAUGGUGUAUUUCUUGUAAAUGCUAACAAGGCAGGGACACUGUUUGUAACAAACUUUCGCCUUCUCUUUCUGAGUGAAGCAUCCAGGAACAUUCUUGCACUCGGCACUAUACCACUGGCGACAAUUGAAAAGUUCAAUAAAAUUGCCCUGAAGCUUCCAUCAAACCCUCGGCAGUUGGACAGAACUCCCCCUCAACGUCUCCUUCAAGUUUUUGGGAAAGAUAUGAGAAUUAUCGUCUUUGGUUUUCGUCCUCGAACAAAACAGAGGCGUGCUGUCUUUGAUGCACUAGUGAGGUGGACAAGACCAGCUAGACUAUGGGAUCUUUAUGCUUUUGGAUCUGGUACAUCCAGAUUCUCUAACACCAACCCCAAGGUGCGGUUACUCAAUGAGUACUUUCGGCUUCUUGGUGUGGGUCCAUACAAUGCAUCGCUUUCUUUAAUUGAAGAGAGGUCAUUCACGGUGUCUAACGAUUCUUGGAGGAUAAGUGAUGUAAAUUUUAAUUACACAAUGUGCCCAACCUAUCCAUUUGCGUUGCUCGUUCCCAAAUCAAUUAGUGAUGAAGAAGUGCUGCAAGCUUCUAGUUUUCGUGCACGAUGUCGAUUGCCUGUAAUUUCGUGGUGUAAUCCAGAAACUGGAGCUGUGCUUGCAAGGUCAUCUCAACCAUUAGUUGGUCUCAUGAUGAAUAUGCGAAGCAAUGCUGAUGAGAAGUUAGUUGCGGCAAUCUGCACACCAAAUAGUGGAUCAAAGGGUGCAAGGAGGAAACUGUGUAUUACUGAUGCGCGGCCUAGAAAAAAUGCUUUGGCAAAUGGGGCAAUGGGUGGUGGUUCAGAAUCAUCUUCCAAUUAUUUUCAAUCUGAGAUAGUAUUUCUUGGGAUAGACAACAUACAUGCUAUGAGGGAUAGUCUGGCUCGCCUUAGAGACUACGUAGAUACUCAUGGUACAGCAUCAUCUGAUGGAAUUUUAUCAUUUUUGAGACAUGGGGGAUCAACUUGGGGAGGAGGUAAUCUCAGUAGCAUGUCUGCUUCUGUAGCAACCCUUGGGGACAGUGGCUGGUUAAUACAUGUUCAGAAUGUCUUGGCUGGCUCAGCUUGGAUUGCUGCACGUGUUGCUUUGGACUCUGCAUCAGUGCUUGUUCAUUGCAGUGAUGGAUGGGACAGAACUACUCAACUAGUCUCCCUUGCUAGUCUAUUGCUUGAUCCAUAUUACAGAACAUUCAAAGGAUUUCAGGCUCUUGUGGAGAAGGACUGGCUUUCAUUUGGUCAUCCCUUUUCAGAUCGCUUGGGGAUGCCAACACUAACAGGAGUUAACAUGCCCUUUGAGUUGACUAGGCAAUCUUCAACUGGAAGCUUUUCAUCAUCUCCUAUACGUCAAGCGCCUGGAUCAUUACCAUCUCAAGCUUCGAACUCUGCGCAUACACAAGCUUCAAACCACAGUUCACCGAUUUUUCUUCAGUGGCUCGAUUGUGUGUCACAAUUGUUGCGGAUGUACCCUUUCGCAUUUGAAUUCUCAUCGUCUUUUUUGGUAGAUUUUUUGGACUGUGUGCUCUCAUGUCGCUUUGGCAAUUUCUUGUGCAAUAGUGAGAGGGAAAGGCAGCAAUGCGGCAUAUCUGACUCUUGUGGGUGCUUAUGGAUGUAUUUGACUGAUCUGCGAGCAUCAGAAGGAAGUUCUCAUGUACACUACAACCUCUUUUAUGAUCCAUCAAAACAUGGAGGUCCAAUCUUACCACCAGCAGCAGCUUUAGCACCAACAAUUUGGCCCCAAUUCCAUCUGCGGUGGGCUUGCCCUUCUGAAGCUCAACUAGGAGACGUUGAAACACAUUGUAGGGAUUUGAUUAACACGUUCUCUGAACUAAAGAAGGCAAAAGAAGUUGCCGAAAGGAAAGCAGAUGAAAUCAGCAGUAGAAUGGAUUCAUUGACUGCUGAGUUGCAAAAUGAAAAACAUAUCAGUAGCUCAGCUAUGAACAAGGCCAGGAGAGAGAUGAAGGAAAAUAUUGCCAUGAAGAGAGCAAUACAAUCGCUAGGGUGCACAGUUCAGUUCUCAGACAGUGGUGAGUGUAUUGUUGACAUCGAAAGCAACCCAGCGGAAUUUCGUCAAAGAUCAGUUCAAACGCCUUUGAGGGAAUCAGAUGGGAUGGCCCAGCAUGUUGAAAAGUCAGACAUGUCAGUUUCAAUUACACUAAUGGACGAUGAUGAUCCUACCAGCAGUCCAGUUGAUCGGGUUUGUGAAUCUCUUUGCCCAUUACGCACUCGUGAUGGUGGUUGCAGAUGGCCUGAUGCUGGAUGCGCUCAAAAUGGAAGUCAGUUUGUUGGACUAAAGGCCAACUUUGACGCAUUUGAUAGACUUUCUAUAUAUGAUGGUUACUUUCAGUCAGGAUGACAGUUUAACCCUAACAUGUAGCUAAUUUGCGCAGGAAAAUUUAAAUACAAAUUUUUGUAGGUCUUUGGUUUUUUAACUUGUACAGGUACAAGAGUUGAACUAGAAUACUGUAAAAAUGUAGAAAGGGAGAUUAAUUUGGAUUCAGACAAUUGACAUAAGGGACUUCUGGACAGUAUGUAUAAAGGAAUAGACUUAGCAGUGGGACCUUUGAGAUUUUUUCAGUGAGGAAACUAACUUCGGAAGUCAGAUUUUGCAAUCUGUUGUAAGGUGCCUGUAAGAUGGUCUAUAUUUGCAUAUACUCCUAGGUUCUUUCUUCAAAUGUGUUCGUGACAUGCAGAUUGCCAUUUAAUUGUGACAAGUCAAGUUUUGUACAGAUUCUUAAGUGGUCAUUUGUUGUAUCUCAAGUCAGAUUCCUGUGAGUA